AUGGGCUUCUCACACGUCGGCCUGACGGUUCCAGAUGACGUAUUCGAAGCGACGGUAGCUUUCUACCUAGCUGCCCUAGCUCCACUGGGGUUCAAGGAGCAUCUUCGUCCUCACCCAAAAGUGGUUGGAAUGGGCGUAUACUAUCCGGAGUUCUGGAUCUCUUCGAAUAUGGUCCCUAGUUCAAGUGCCGGCGACUCAGCACCUGCUGCCGGCACAGAGGUUGUCUAUGGGAGUUCGCAUGUUGCUUUCAGCACGGGGAAUCGAGAAAAUGUUCAUGCAUUUUAUAAUGCUGCGCUGAAGCAUGGUGGCAUGUCGAACGGCGGUCCCGGUGUACGGCCGCAGUAUACACGGUUCUAUUACGCUGCGUUCGUGUUCGACCCGGCGGGAAAUAAUAUCGAGGCAGUUUGCAUGUGGCCUGCCUGGUGCCAUUGGAAAUACUGGUUUGGUAUGGGCGUGUUUGCCAGGCAGAAGACAGAGUAG